CUUUGAAACGCCCGGACCAUCCCUCCGAUCGACUAUUCCUGCCUCACGAGACAUUCUUUCGUUACCAGGGUGAAACCAGGCUAUUAGGCACACCCUAACCAAGAGGAAAAUAGGGAGAGUGAAUAAAAAUAAAAAAAUCGGCUGGACGCGUUGGAUCGUCUUUAACCACGCGGCAACCGAAACAUGGAGAACACGUGACCCGUGGAUCAUCGCAGACCGGAAGUCGUGACAACGGAACUCCGUCGGAGCACCGAGAAGGGUUGUCGAACAGGAGGCAAAGAGCGAUGCCAAGGGCCGCGAAAACGGCGAAGCUGCAUCAAAAACGUGCGACCAGCGAUUGAGGUCAGAACGAUCUCUCUCGAAGCUGAAGGAACGGCGUUGCUUGCUGAACGGGUCAGCGGGUCGUCGUAGACGAGAAUGAAGAAUAACAUGAGCAACCACGAGAAGAACGGGCCCGAGAGCCUGAAGCUGUUGAGGGUGCCCAGUACGACACCGACCACCCCUACAACGCCGACGACACCGAGCUCGAGGGGACUGGAGGAUGUUUUCAAGGAUCUACCGAUCACCGACGACACGUCCUGCGGCAUAUGGUGUCUACGCGGGCCGACAUUGCAGAGAUUCGCGAACAAGAAGGCUUACGUAUUUCUGUACGGUGUGCUGGGAUGUAUAUUCUCGGCCAGUUACGCGUAUUUCAACGGCACCAUUACCACCAUCGAGAAGAGGUUCAAGAUACCUUCGAAAACCACAGGUCUUAUUACCGUGGGCAACGAUAUUUCGCAACUGUUCGUGUCAGUGGUCCUGUCCUACUACGCAGGAAGAGGUCACAGGCCUCGAUGGAUCGCGUUCGGGAUCUACACCGUUGUCCUCUUUUGCUGUCUCACGAUGCUGCCGCACUUCUUGUACGGCCCGGGUGAAGACGCUCUUUUGCUCACCAAGGAAUACGGUGCGAAACCUAGGACCGUAAACACAAGCAAUGUACCUGACAAACACCGGAAGUUCCUGUGCCUCGGGAACGAGAACCGCGAGAACAAAUGCGACGACGCGGACGGGAAUUUCGCGCCCCAAGCGCUGUUGUUUAUUGCGCAGCUGGUAUCGGGGGUCGGUGGUUCGCUUUAUUAUACACUAGGAGUGUCGUAUAUGGACGACAAUAUACAGAAAUCGAAGACACCGGCGUUGAUUAGCUUCUCCUAUUUCUUGAGAAUGCUCGGGCCUGCGAUCGGAUACGGUUUGGCCUCGUUCGCACUGAAAUUCUACAUCAGCCCGACGUUAACGCCCACGAUUAACACGCAGGAUCCAAGAUGGUUGGGUGCCUGGUGGCUUGGCUGGAUCAUCCUGGCAUUCUUGCUCUUCAUCUUCGCGAGCAUAAUCGCCCUGUUCCCGAAAACUCUACCCAGAGCCGCGGCCCGUAAGGCCUUAGCCUCUGAAAGGAACAAGUCCGCGACCAACAUAAAAGGCGAUCAAGAACCAGAACUGCCUGCUUCCUUCUCGGACAUGAUGAGGACGUUCAAACGCCUGCUGACGAACACGACACUAAUGUUCAACAAUCUAGCGACUGUGUUCUACUUCAUGGGGUACAUGCCUUAUUGGAUCUUCAUGCCGAAGUAUAUCGAGACGCAAUACAAACAGUCCGCCUCCGUUUCGUCGUUGAUCACCGGAACGGUUGGUCUGGUAUUCAGCGCAUUUGGAAUACUACUUUCUGGUUUAGUAAUUUCCAAGUACAAACCAAAGGCCAGAUGGUUGGCUGCGUGGAACGUGAUGGUGGGAGCCAUAUCGGUUAUGGGGAUGAUCUCGUACGCUUUCCUCGGCUGCUCCGCCAACGACAGUCAAAUGGCUGUUCAGUCGAAUGGCGCGCUGAAGACUCUGCUACCGUGCAACGAGCAAUGCUAUUGCGACUAUGUUACUUAUAAUCCAGUCUGUUCGGAACACGGUCAAACCUUCAUUUCAGCUUGUCACGCCGGGUGUCGUAACGUGAAGAUGAGCGGUAAUGGCAGCAAGGUAUAUACCGAGUGUAAUUGCAUCAUGCCGAAGUUUGCGCGUUCUUCGGCACAUUUGUACACGGACAACACGUCAAUGUACACAAGUGAAAUUCCGUUUGAGACCACCCAGCCCGGUGCAUCGCCAAGUUUCGGCACCGCGGUCCCGGGUGCCUGUCCCGUCGACUGUAUGCACAAGUUUUACGUCUUUCUGGCUGUGGUCUGCCUCCUCAAGUUCAGCGGCGCUACCGGAAGGGCGUCGAACUUCUUGGUCUCCGUCAGAUGCGUCGACGAAAAGGAUAAGACUGUGGCCAUGGGCUUUGGGCUGACUAUUAUGAGCUUGUUCGCGUUCAUACCUUCGCCCAUACUGUUUGGAUUUAUCUUAGAUAAGACCUGUCUCGUGUGGGGAAAAACGUGUUCAGGUACAGGAAACUGUUGGCUCUACAAUGGCGAAACAUUGAGAUAUCUACUAAACUUUACAGCAGCCAGCUUCGUGACGAUCGGAACGUUGUUCGACGUGGGUGUCUGGUAUUUCGUGAAAGACGUGAAGAUCUUCGACGAGGAGAUCGAGCUGAAAGACAUAGCCGAGGAGCCCGGUGAGACACUGUGAGAGCGCGAGAUCGUUAAUGAUCCAAGUCAGAUCGCUUUGCUUCCGUGACGGUGGCAGUAAAAAGGCUCGGUCGGGCGAAAUAGUCGGUGAAUACGAAAAAAAAACAAAAACUCAAAGAACACAGAAUAGACUAAGGGAUUUGAUGGUGAGAAAGGGGAGAGCCGACGAAUAAAGACUUUGCAAGUACCUUAAGCAUCUUCUUAGAUAUUUAAUGAAAAGCUCGUAGUACCUCGGAUAGAACUUACCCGUUGGAUAGUUCGCGAGUCGCAGCAUCCGAGUCCA